AUGACAUUCGGUGCCAACGGUGGUUUUGCCAUCAAUCCAGCUCGAGAUCUCGGCCCAAGACUUUUCACUCUUUGUGCCGGCUACGGUUGGGAGGUGUUCAGGACUGCUCUCGUCCUGCACCGAUAUGGAGUCGGCUUAGCGGAAGGCUAUCAAAGUGCAUUUUUCGAUCAUUGUAAUCCGAAUUACAACGAAACCAUAGAACUGUACAAUUUCAGCGCUAAUGGAUUCUACUUCUGGAUUCCGAUUGUUGGCCCAUUAAUCGGCGCUCUGAUCGGAGCUUGGCUGUAUAAACUUUUCGUUGGACUUCAUGGGCUUAACGAAGAUCUAGAACUGACCCAUAAGGGCUACAAUGUGAGUGUACCAGUCGGCUAUAAAGGUGAUUCGACUGAACGUCUUCGGCAAACGCCAGUCACUUACACCGUUGAUGUACAGAGCCGACAACAACCUCUCAGCAAAGCCUUUUAA